GAGGAAAAUAUUAAUAACUUUGUAUUACUAAAAUCAUAAUUUCUUAUGUAUUAAUUAUACAUUCUGUAACUAUACCAAAGUCACCCCUACAUGAUUGAAGUUAAGAAAUAUACAUUAAUUAUACAUUCUAUAAUAUUGAAUAAGGUUUAUACCUCAUCCUACCGAAGCGACCCCUACCCCUACAUGAUUGAAGUUGAGAAAACUUAUCUUUUAAGUUCAAUAGCAUUGUUACUUUUAAAGAUAUGGAAUAUUAUGGCCAAAAUAAGGUCCUCAUUGGGGGGGGGGGACCCAACCCAGCUCGCUAACCCAAUCAAUAAGGUCUAUAAAGACAGGAAAGAGUACCCAUUCCUCUAACAAGCAAAAUAUCAUUGAGAAAUGGCCGCAGCAAAACUGUUCUUCCUUGCAGCAGCUUUAAUUUCCCUCUCCUACCUCACCGGCACAGCAGCCGCCCCCGUAGCCUCCACCAGUUUCAUAAAGAGCUCCUGCAAAUCCACCACUUUCCCCGAAGUAUGCAUCGCUUCCCUUUCCGGUUACGCAUCGGCAAUAAAGAACAGCCAAGAACAGCUAGUGAAAACUGCCUUGUCCGUAAGCCUAAACAAAGCCGAAACUACAAAGGAAUUUGUUAGCAAGCUGUUGAAAUUCAAGGGAUUAAAGCCUAGAGAGUAUGCAGCUAUAAAGGAUUGCGUAGAGGAGACAAGUGACAGUGUAGAUCGGCUUACCAAAUCUGUGAAUGAACUCAAAAGAAUGGACCGUAGCCAUGGGAAGGAUUUCCAGUGGCACAUGAGCAAUGUGGAGACAUGGGUAAGUGCUGCAAUUACUGACGAGAAUACUUGUACUGAUGGAUUUGCUGGUAAGGCUUUGAGUGGGAGGAUUAAGGCUUCGAUUAGAAAUCAUAUAACUAGUCUAGCUCAAGUUACUAGCAAUGCGUUGGCUUUAAUUAAUCAAUAUGCUGCUAAAUAUUGAUUAAUUAGCCAUUAAUUAUGUUUUCGGGUGUUUGACAAUUAAUUAUGGUUUUUGCCUUUUUUGUUUUGGGGAGUGGUUUGUGUGGUACUUUGUAUAUUGUGAAUGAAAUUUCACGCGCAAAGUAUAAAAGGGAGAAUAGAGAAUGGCUGAUUUGUCCUUUUGGGCGAUAUCUUACCGUUCUUUCUUGUCCUUUACGGGAUGUUUGUGGUACCCAACGUAUGCUUAUAAGUAAAAAUAAAAUAAGUAAUGCAAAAAUGGCAUUUUUUAUUGAA